AUGUUCUUUUUGCUCUUCACGGCUACGCUGGUGCCCCUGAAUCUGGUGACCCCGGCUAGGGGGGAGGCGUCCCAGCCCCACCACGGAGCCAGUGACCCGGCGCUCUUCCGAGGAGCCGACCGCUGUGAUUUCGCCGUCGUGGUCCCGCCGGGCGGAACCGAAUGCUUCUGGCAGUUUGCCCUUCGCAGUGGAUACUUCUACUUCAGUUACGAGGUUCAGCGAACACUGGGAAUUUCACAGGACCGGCAUGUCAAGGCCACUGUACAUACUCCAGAUGGCUUUCUUGUUGACACCUCCCAGGACAUCCGGGGACAGAUCAAUUUCUCUACCAAAGAGACAGGUUUUUACCAGCUCUGUUUGAACAAUAACCAUAACCGCUUUGGCUCCGUCCACGUCUUUCUCGACUUCGGAGUCUUCUAUGACGGCUUUGACAUGGACCAUGAAGAAAAGACUGAGAGAAAGAAGCUAAAUGAUACCUUGGAGACAAUCGAGGAGAGCACCCGUAAGGUGCAGCAGAACGUCUUUCAUAUGUGGAGGUUCUAUAAUUUUGCCCGCAUGAGGAAGGGGACUGAUUUUUUCAUUCUCCAGUCCAACUACCACUAUGUGAACUGGUGGUCUUCAAUCCAAAGCCUGGUGAUCGUCCUCUCGGGGAUUCUGCAGUUGUAUUUCCUGAAGCGACUCUUCAAGAUCCAGACAACCACAGACUCACAGAAGCCAAGGUGCUAGGCUGAAUUCUGACCCCGGCCUGUCCUUCCCAAGGGCCAGGGACCCCAAAUCCUGUUCAAAACUUUACCCACCCAUCCACGAUGUAUCCUCCAGAAACUA